AGAUUGGCUUGUCAAAGUACUCGAAACCACUCCCUUCAACUGCUAACUCCCUUCCUUUGAAUACAACCCAUCCGGUACAUUGUUUUAUAGACGUGAUUCCAGUACAUAAUAGUAAAAGUUAUUCAAUUAACAGUUUAAAUAGCAUUGGUUUCCUAUGCGCAAGGUGAGCAGUGAAAACUUUGAAGCACCCACUCAUUUGGAAUAGCCCACUAGCCCGAAAAAUGGUUCUCAAGUCGGAAGACGGAGUCGUGCCAGACGACCUUACCCCUGAGGAGCAGCAUGAGCUGGAAAACAUCCGCCGCCGCAAGCAAGAGCUGCUGGAAGACAUUCAGCGUCUGAAGAAUGAGAUCGCAGAAGUGACCAGUGAGAUCGAGAACCUGGGUUCCACAGAGGAGAGGAAAAACAUGCAGAGGAAUAAACAAGUGGCCAUGGGCCGAAAGAAAUUCAACAUGGACCCUAAAAAGGGAAUUAAGUUCCUGAUUGAGAACGUUUUUAUUGAAUUAAUUUGAUUUUUGUUUUCUUUUUCUUCCUC